CUGCGGGAUCAGCGAUUUGUUUGCAUUUCCAGUGUGAUGUGACGUGUUCGGUGGAAAUUAUCUCUCGCGACAUAAAAUAAAUUAAUCACGAGAAAAGAGGAAUUUUCUCAAGUAUUUACCGCAAAUGCAGCGAUAGCGUAUUCUUGGAAAAUUGUGUCAGAAUUCCGUGAGAAACUUCCUUUGUGUGUGUUUUUGUUGCAAAAAGUGCUGGAAAGUGUUGGGAGAAGGAGGGAAAAUGGAUAAUCCGCGGAAGGGAAUGAGAGCUCUUAUCCUCGUUGGUGGCUAUGGGACUCGGCUGCGUCCUCUGACCCUCAGCCGCCCUAAGCCUCUUGUGGAGUUUGCCAACAAACCCAUUUUGAUGCAUCAAAUGGAAGCUCUUGUCGAUGCAGGAGUCACUGAGGUCAUCUUGGCCGUGUCGUACCGUGCUGAGCAAAUGGAAGCCGAACUGAGGCAGGAAGCUGAGAAAUUGGGUGUUCAGCUGGUCUUUUCGCACGAAACUGAACCCCUGGGCACAGCAGGACCUCUUGCCCUGGCUAAAGACAUCCUCUGCGCCAGCCCUGAACCAUUCUUUGUUCUCAAUUCCGAUGUCAUUUGCGAUUUCCCCUUUAAGCAGCUUGAAGCAUUCCACCGAGCCCACGGGAAGGAGGGAACAAUUGUGGUGACCAAAGUGGAGGAACCCUCCAAGUAUGGGGUGGUACUGUACAACGAAGCUGGGUGCAUUGAUAGCUUCAUCGAGAAGCCACAGGAGUUCAUCAGUAACAAAAUCAAUGCUGGCUUGUACAUCCUCAACCCAUCAGUGCUGUCCAGGAUUGAGAUUAAACCCACGUCAAUUGAGAAGGAAGUCUUCCCGGUGAUGUCGCAGGAAAAGGAGCUGUAUGCCAUGGAAUUGAGUGGAUUCUGGAUGGAUGUGGGGCAGCCAAAGGAUUUCCUCACUGGCAUGUGCCUCUACCUCACAUCGGUGCGACAGAAGAAGCCAGACGACCUGUACACUGGUCCUGGUGUUGUGGGCAAUGUUCUUGUUGAUCCCACAGCGAAAAUCGGCACAGGAUGCCGCAUUGGACCAAAUGUAACGAUCGGACCUAAUGUUGUGGUCGAAGAUGGAGCUUGCAUAAAACGCUCAACAAUCCUCAAUGGAGCCAUCGUGAGAUCACAUUCCUGGCUGGACAGUUGCAUCAUCGGUUGGCGUUCCACAGUUGGGCGCUGGGUGAGACUCGAAGGGACAACAGUCCUCGGGGAGGAUGUAAUCGUCAAAGAUGAGAUCUACAUCAAUGGUGGGCAGGUGUUGCCACACAAAAGCAUCGCUCACAGCGUUCCAGAGCCCCAAAUUAUCAUGUAAAAAUCUUCACCAAAAGCACUGAAUUCUUUCACAGAGGAUCAGCGAUCGCAAUAUUAAAAUAUUAUUAUUGCCAUUAUUGCUAAUUUAACAGACAAAAAGUGUCAACGUGGCCCUCUAAAAAAUAUUUUACUUUUGCAAACUUUGUACAACACAGUUUAAAAUAAAAAUUAAAAAAAUAAAGAGAAA